CCAGAGCAGCGAGCGGUCACGUGGCACAACACAGUUGCUGGCGAUGCCGGAGCCGGGAUCCAACCGGAUGUCGUUGCCAUGCACGCCGCUGGCCGGCAGCGGGAGGAUCGGUGUCUCUCGGAGAAGCUUCACCGGGACACCACUCUACCUUCCAAAAGUCAGCCAGGCUUGCAUCCCUCUCUCCGUCAAUCAGCAUGGUCCACGUAUCAAUCCUCUCCACCCACCCGGGGUGAAAAGACGCACCGUCAGCCUAGAAACCUUUGCAGCUCACCACCAUAAUCAACAGCGUGCUCUAGUGAUGCGACAGAAAGAGUAUAACAGGUAUCACCAGGGCUGGCAGCGUCCGUUUUACGGUUCUGUGGCUGAGAAGGAGGAGUAUAGGCGCGAGAUCAGGCAGCUGCUAAAAUGGCAGAUGAGCCAGCAGUGGGAGGCACAGCGCUACGCCUUGUUCAAGCGCGUCAAAGAGGGAGAGGAAGCACGCGAGGCGGAAAGGCAGGCGGUUCUUAAAGACCUCGAAAAGCAAAGCGCGCGCUCUCGUUUUCUUCAAGCCUUUCGCGAUGAAAACAAGAAGCUGAUGGAAAUUCAGUGGAAGGAGAAAAGGUUAGCAAAAUCCAUGGAUUCUCUCAGGGAGCGUGAACUGUUGCAAUACAAUCCCAUCAACUGGAGUGGAACACUAAAAUAGAAUUGGAAUGUUCAGACUAUUUACCUUUAUGUACACAAGGCUGUUUUGCUUUCUUAAUAAAGUCGUUUCUCAAUUAA